AUGUUAAUCUUGAGGGACAAGGAGCCAGAGGUGCUCACCGAUAAAAUGAAACCAUGGGCACGACUGAAGUCCAUCUGCUCUGCAGCAGUCUCCAUUAUGGCCAGGAAGAAACGUACUGCCAACUUUGAGCAGUACACUGUCUUAGAUGUCGGUGCCGACGGCACAAAGAGUUACACUCACUACCUGGGUCCGCCUCAGUGCGACAUCGUGCGGCACACGGAAUAUGUAUCUGGAGGCAACAAAGUCACCGCUCGGACGUCGUUCUACAGUACUCCCACCACAGAUGCAGGCGGACAAAGCAUGCCAUCGUUUGAUUUGUCAGAGCUCUGCGGUCCUGCGGGUUCUGAGGUUGCGAAUGAGGAUGUUGAUCUUUUCGACCUGGAUGCAGAGUAUCUGGAGGACAUGGAAAAGUUGUCUGGACAAACACCCCAUCGACGCGGUGCAGGGGAUCAUCCUCUCCGGGAAUGGGUUCCGGAGAUCGACAACUACCUCGCCGAGAUGUUGCAUCUCGAGGGGCGUUGUGGCUUCAAUUCCGGGCGCUGCAAGUUUUGCGAGGAAGGACCGGCCAUGAUUCACUGCCAAGAUUGCUUCGAAAUCGCCAUUUAUUGCCGCACAUGCGCUGUAAACUUCCAUCGACUCAAUCCUUUCCAUCGUAUGCAGAGAUGGUGUGGCUCUCACUUCCAGCCUGUCUCGUUAAAGGACCUUGGGUUACGAAUCCAACUGGGCCACCAUGCUGGACAGCCAUGCCGUCUGCCUGUGCAAGCCACCGGUGAUGAUUUCUUGAUUCUCGAUGUUACUGGUAUACAUGCAGUGGGACUGGAUUUUUGUGGUUGUGAGACGGCUGAGGUCCAUACCGUACAACUUCUCCGCACACGACUAUUCCCUGCCACCUCAACAAACCCCAAGACGGCGGCGACUUUUGGACUCUGUCGAUAUGCCCACCUCCUAACCACGCAGUCGAAGACGUCUGGCUAUGAGUUUUAUCAGAGCCUUGCCCAGCUGACUGAUAAUACCAGUGUGCAGACCCCCAAGGAUCGAUAUCCCGCCUUCAUGCGUAUCAUGCGCAUGUGGAGGCAUCUCAAGAUGCUGAAGCGAGCAGGUCGGGGCCACGAUCCUGGAGGUGUACGUGCAACCAAACCUGGAGCAUGCGCAGUUCUUUGCCCGGCCUGUCCACACCCUGGAAAGAAUUUGCCUCCUGACUGGGAGGAAGCCCCAGAAGAUCAAAGGUGGCUAUACCGGCUUUUCAUCAGGCUCGACGCGAACUUUCACCUCAAACGUAAGAAGGUGUCUUCAGACACCAUCGACCCUGGGCUCAAUCACGGUUACGCGUACUUCGUGGAGGAGAAGACCUACAAGGAUUAUCUGACCACAUACAAUUCUCUCGUGACAGAAGAGUCAAGCACUUGCAACAACCAUGAUGCAGUCAAGUUGGCCAAUAUGAAAGGCUCAGUCGCCGGUACAGUGGCAAGUGGUGUUGAUGCAGUUACAUGCACACGCCAUGACAUGAGACUGCCAUGCAGUGUCGGUGACCUCCAAAAAGGAGAGUGUUAUGUAAAUAUGGAUUACAUGUUCUUUUCGACUCUAGGCAUCGAUGCUCCGCACGAUGUCAUCAUCUCCUACAAUAUCGCAUGUCAAUGGUCCAAAAACUUGCGGAAACGACACCUUAUAUACGAAUCAUGUCUGUUCCAGAUGGAGGAUCACGAGUUCAUCUUCCUUGUGCUGAAGUUCCAUAUCCACACCCAUCAACAGUCAUGUCAAGACAGUUACUCAUUCCACAAGACCCCGCAUGUCGCUGAGACAGACGGUAAGGGUGUUGAGCGGCCGUGGUCGGACUCAAAUAUGUACUCCUCAAGCACGAAGGAGAUGGGCCCUGGUUUGUGGCGUGAUUUCCUCGACGAUGCGUUUGCGGACUAUAACUGGAGGAAAAUAUGUGGAAUGCCUACUCUGUUUCUUCGGAGGAUGAAAGCUGUGUUGCCAGAGUGCAAUGAUCAGGUCUUUGCAUUCGCAGAACUCAACAAUGCCAUGGCACAGGAGGAUCGAGAUGUGUGGAGAGCUGCUCUAGAGACAUGGGAGAAGGACCCAUCGAAACCCAACCCGUUUGUCGUGACUCAUCCAACCAUAACUCAAGCAGCUGUGCACCUGCAGCUAGCCAACGAGGAGGCUGCAGAAUUGGAGAAGGGCAAGCAAUGUGGCAUGCUGCAUGAGUUGGUUUGGACAGGACACAGCAGGCCUCGGAGCACGCUCCACAGAUCUCCAAUGGGACAAGAUCAUCGAGCGGCACAAUGGUCUUUGUCGCAAGAUAGAGGCUUGGGCGGAGAUCCAGCAGCUGUAUAUGCCUAG